UCCCACUAAACCUUUCCGUAACGGUUGCGUGGGUAACGCGACGCCCGUAACAAUGGAUAUUCAGCGCUCCCUCGACCUCUUGCAUAUGACUAUCUAUUCUCAGAGCAUCUCUCCUUGUGGCAAGUUCUUAGCUGCCGGGAACAACUUUGGGGAGAUUGCCAUAUUCAGCCUCUCGGCAGCAUUGAGUUCAGAGGCCAAGGAUGAGAGUAAGAAGCCAGUGGUAUCCUUUGCAGCCCACGACGGUCCCAUCUAUGCCAUGGUCUCCACAGACCGGCAGUUACUGAGUGCUGGUAACGGUGAAGUCAAGGCCUGGAACUGGAGCGAGAUUGUGAAGAAGGGUUGCAAGGAAGCCUGGAGCAGGAGGCCACCUUACGGGAGCAGCCUGGAGGUGCCAGAAAUCAACAGCCUUCAGCUCAACCUCAAGGAUAACAGUCUUCUAAUGGCUGGAGGAGAUUGUGCUAUCCACAUGAUGGAUUUGGAAUCGGGAACCUUCACCCAUGAAUAUCGGGGCCACACGGAUUACAUCCACUGCCUGGCGCUUCGGGAUCAACUUCGAGAGUGCCUGUCAGGAAGCGAGGACGGCACCGUGCGCCUUUGGGAUUUGCGUUCCGGAGGUCAAGUGCAGUGCAUUGAAGUGCAUAAGUAUGAGGAAUGCAGCCGGCCGCAGAACGGGAAAUGGAUCCGUUGCCUAGCAACAGACUCUGACUGGAUGGUGUGUGGUGGGGGCCCAGCACUCACGCUGUGGCACCUUCGGUCUGUCACGCCCACCACCGUCUUUCCCUUGCCGCAGUGUCAGCAGCAGGUCACGUUCUACCAGGACCUGAUCCUCUCUGCUGGCCACGGCCCGACCAUCAACCACUUGCAGAUCAGCGGGGAAGUGAAGGCCCAGAUCCCCUGCACCCCCAGUUGCAUCCACUCGCUUUCCAUCAACGAACACUCGCCAGAGCACAAGGUGCUCACAGCAGCUGGAAGCAGCCACCGGAUCGACGUCUUCACCAACUUCAGCUACCGAGCCUUUUCUCUCGUCUUCACCUAGUGCCCUCCUUUGCGGGUCAAAGAGACUUGAAAGCAUAUAAUUAAUUGGGAUCGCAGGAAGUGCUUUUCUUCCAACUGUCAAUAAUGCCCCUUCCCGGGACUGUUCUCUCGAAAGGACCAAAGUUUUAAAAAACAAACCGCAUCUUGAACUCCAAGGGGUACUACAUUUCCACCCUCCCUCUUCCCUGUGGUUAACUCACCUGGAGCGUAAUCAGCACGCUCGGUCAUCGCCGUGUACCAUGGAAAGGAACGCAUUAAAUCUGUCUCAACCGAAA